AUGGGUGGAUCUCACUGGGGAUACACGGCGCCGCCGGUGACGUGGACGGCCGAAGGUCCAGCAUGGGAAGGGGUCUCGUUGGCCAUCGUGUGCGGCGCGGACACGUUAGAAUUGCUGGAAUCACUCGUGGCCCCGGAAACGCCGGAAUCCAAAACACUUGACGAGGUGUUCGAGGUGCUCAAGGCUCAUUUUUCACCGCAGCCAUCGGAAAUAGUCUGCAGAAAUACAUUUUACAAGCGGAACCAAGCACCAGAGGAGACAGUAUCGUUUUACAUCGCCGAGCUUCGGAGCCUGGCCCAGCACUGCAAUUUUCCCAACCUCGAAGAAAUGCUCUGGGAUCGUCUCGUGUGCGGCCUCCGAGACGAGCACCUGCAGAACCGAUUGUUCGCAAAGAAGCAGCUGACCUUUGCCGUGGCCCAGGAGGAGGCUCUGGCGGCAGAAGCGGCCGCGAAAAGCACGAGAGUUGUCCGGCAGUCUGAAGAAAAUGACUGCCACGACCGUUGCCGCGACAAACCAAGGCACCUGCUAGGGUUGUGGUGGGGUGCACCUCCGCGCCGGCUGCCGCUUCAAGAACGCGCAGUGCAGAGCAUGCAAGAAAACCGGCCACAUCGAAAGAGUCUGCCGCAGCGGCGGCUCGAGUGGCCGGCAGCGUUAAGGGCGAGACAGACGCCACGGAAUUCCAAAGCGGCGUACAACGUAACCGCGUUGCCUCAUGAUGAGUGCUACUACAACAAUCAUGUCGGCGCAGAAGGCUCACAGGUGUCUCGCAAGCUUCGAGCAAAGGUUGCUAUUGAGGGCCAGACUUGCGAAAUGAAGGUGGACUCUGGAUCGGAUUUCUCGAUCCUCACCGAAGAGACAUUCCACCGCCUCCAGCAGUGCAAUGGAGAGCUGACACUGACUGACUUCUCUUCGCCAGUGGUCGAUUAUCAGCCGAGUCCAGUGGAUGUUAUGGGUGAGGUACUUGAAGAGGGCCUGGGGAACUACGUGGGUCCACCAGUCUCUCUGCACCUUGACCCCAACAUUCAGCCAGUGCGCCUCAAAGCACGAAGACUUGCAAUUCAACCGAAAGUGGAGGAGGAGCUGGACCGCCUCGUACAGCAGAGAGUACUGGAGCCUGUGACACAGCCAACGUGGGUGACGCCCAUAAUGACCGUACUCAAGGGCAACGGUGACGUUAGAAUAUGCGGGAACUACAAAUCCACAAUUAACAAGGCUCUGAAGUAG